AUGAUAGAGAAUAUUAAUAAUAAUAGUGAUGAUAUCAGUAGUAAUAUUAGUAAUAGUAACAAUAGUUUUAAUAUAGAAAAUUAUUAUAAAAUUGUAAAUGAUUCCAUUACCAAAUUUAAUGAUAUACUGGAUAGUAUAAUAGAGGAUAGUCAAGAAAAACUAAAAGAAAACCAAAUUUUAAGAGAAGAGCUAUUAAAUGUCAUACAAAAUAAAAUACUAAAGCUUGAAGAAAAGGAAUCAAUUUUAAAGAAUCAAAAGAUACAGCUAUUAAAAGAAAUUGAAUUGAUAUUGGUUGAAUUAGAUUUGCAACCAAACCUAUUCACAAGUGAUAGUGAUAUUAAAAAUCAGUAUGCUCAAUUAAUAGAUAGUUUCAAUACAACAAAAUUAAUAUCGAGUCAAAUAAUAUUAAUCGAUGCAUAUCAUACAAAUUUAAAAAAUAUAUAUAAUGAAAAUAAAAAUAAAUUAAAUAAAUUAUUUGAACAGUUAAAUCAUCUAUAUGAUGAUUUGGGUUUAAAUGAAGAUAAAUCAGCACUGCAAUUCAAAGAAAUUGGACUACCAUCAAAUAAAAGAAUUCAAGAAUUUGAAAUUGAAAUUCAAAGAUUAAAAGAAAUUCAAAAUGGUAUUAUAGAUAAACUUUUGGUUUCAAAAUCAUCAGUAAUUAAAUUAAAAGAAGAGUUAGAGCUCUCAAAUGAAGAAUCCGCGGAAAUUAAUAACUUGAUAAAUCAACUAAAUAAAAUAAAUAAUAGCUCUGAUCAGCAAUCAAAGCAAAUUAAAUCAUUGGUACAAAUAUUAUAUAAACUAGAAUCAAUGAAUAAAGAUCUCAGUAAUCUAAAGAAUAAAAGAGUAAAUCAAAUAUCAAAACUAUCAAAUACAAUAGAUAAAGAUUAUAUUCAAUUGGGCAUUGAGAGUAAUGACGAGUUUAGAAUUAAAUUCCAAAAAGAAAAAGAGUCAACUCUUAAGAAACAUUCAUCUGUAUCACCAAAGCUAAUUAACUGCUUAUUGGUGGAAUCCGAAAGACUUUUAGAAUUAAAAAAAUUAAAAUUUAAAGAUCAAUUUGAUUCAAAAUUAAAAAUUUUAGAGAAUCUCUGGGAACAGCUAUGCAUACCAAAAGAAAAUAGAAAUUUAAAAAGUAUAAUCAAUAACAAUAACAAUAAUAAGGAACAACAGGAAGAGCAACAAAAUGAUCAAGAUAGUCAAAAUGAUAAAAAUCAAGAUAGAUUGGAUAUUGAAAAUAAUAACUCAUACUACUAUAAUUUAGAAACAUUAGAAUUGGUAAAUAAAGAGAUUGAAUAUUUAACAGGUUUAUUGGCAUCAAUGAAGGUAAUAUUGGAAAAGGUAAAAAGAAGAGAAUGGAUUAAAAGCGAAAUGAAGAAAUUUGAAAAUAGCGCAAGUGAUUCAAAUAGGUUUAAGGGUAGUUCAGUUCGUUUAUUAGAGGAAGCUAAAUUCAGAAAGACUAUAUCAAGAGAAUUUCCAAAAUUAACUGAAGAUUUAGUUAGAGAAUUGGCAGAAUGGGAAGGCGCAAACAACAAAAGAUUCUUUUAUUAUGGCGAACCUUAUUUAGAUUUAAUGAAUAGCGAAACCGAAAGACCAGACUUUGAUUUGCUUCAUUUGAAGCUUUUAACAAAAAAAGAUCAUAUCAGCGAAGGUACAAGUAAUGGCCAAGCUGCAGUCUCUUAUGUAAAUAUUGAUUCAACAACUACUAAUUCAAAUAAAAAUACAACAACACCAAAUACACCAACUCAACAUAGCAAAAAACCAGUACCAUUAAUUAAAAGACCAUCACUUUCAUCUCUUCCAACUAGCAAUAAUUCAGUAUCCUCCUCACCUAAAGCAGUAUCACCAACUUCAAAACUAUCCAAAACCUUAUCAUCCAUUAAUUUUUCAACCACUACAUCCACCACAACCACUAAACCACCCACUCUUAAGCCCUCAUCAUCACCAUCUUCAUUGUCAACCUCCACAAACUCUUUGACCAAUACUCCAUCAAAACUAUCAUCCUCCUCGCCAUCCAUUGGGGGCAAUAUUACACCAAUAAAAAAAGAAAGCUCAACCAAAUCUUUGCAUGGUACUACACCAUCAAAAAAUUCACAAUCCACAACCACACCAUCAAAAUCAUCUUCAUCAACCACACCAUUAAAAUCAUCAUCAUCUUCUGUUGGUAGUGGUAAUAUUACCACACCACUAAAAAGAGAAUCUUCAAUUCCCAAAUUAUCAACCCCAAUAACAAAUAAAAAUUCGAAGAAACAAUAA